UUUACCAAAGACUCCAUAUCGGAACUGGAGAAGAUUCCAGGGCGUGUGAUGGUCAUCGCAUGUGACGGUCUUAAUGGCCAAGCGGCACGGACGCUGGGUCUCAGAGAAGAGUGGACCCAGCAAUCGUGCAAAUAUUACGGCGCUGUAGCGGGCAUUGAACGUACUGACCAAAGACCUGUCCCUUCUCCCGAAAUCAGGGUUCAUGGUCUGACCUUUGACCUUUCUGCCUUUUAUGGCAAAGACUUCAAAGUCGAUGAAAAAUGCGGCUUCAGCCUUAAAAUAUUCGGGAGUGAUCGGCAGCGCUACAUGUCCCUGGCAGUGCCUAAAUGUGAUUCUAAUCUCAUCAAGGCGCUAAAGGUGGCGCUUGACCAUUCUAUAAUGCGAAACAUAUUCAAGGAGUGCUUCAAUACUUACAAAACAGACACGGAAAGCAAAAUCACUGAUCUCCAAGCACUGAAGAAGCUUAAAUUCAGUCCGCGUUUGUUCGAAAUCAAACUCUGUUGGAGGCGAGAGACUGUGAUGUACUUAGAAGAUGAAGACAUCGUUGUGACAUGCGAAGGUGAUGCAGCCAGGACGUUAAAUUUCCACUCAGGUCUGGAUGUGAACCUUUCUAUACGCGGGCUGGAGUCUUUGACGUCUUUCAUUCAUUCCACGGCAACAGCAAACAAUAACAUGAAAUCCCUCAUAGAGGCCAUGACGCUAAGGGCAACACAUGCAAGAAAAAUAUCAGAACAUUUUCAGCGAUAUGGAAUUGCAGAGACGAUGGAAUUAUAG